AUGGGCCAAUAUUCAUUGAACAAAGUAAAGCCAAGUGAUUUCGAUAAAAAGCCAUUGACAAAAAAAGAAAUCAUCUUGAGAAAGUCAUAAUAAUUCAAUUAAGAUUCUGAUAGCCUAUCUUUUCCAAGGAAACCUAACUCAAAGAGUGAUUCUCGCUCAUCCUAGAAAUUGAAUAUACCAAAAAAGGUAAGUAAGGUAGACCCACUUGACAUCAUCCGAUUAAGUCAAUAGUCCAAUAGCAAAAAAAGACCAAUGGUUAAGUUGAAUUUGAAAACAGGCAAGGAUGACAGGAAAAAGAGAAUUAAAAAGGGGUAACCAGUUUUCAACAAUAAUGAUAAUGAGCUGCAGCACAAGUUUAGUGCAAUAAAUAUAUCAUAGGCGGAAGAUGUUGCUAAGGAAUCUGAGUACAUAUAUAUACCUAAUAACUUCAAAACUCAUCAUGGAGUCGCCUUUUCAACAGUAGGUGGAAAGAUAAAACUAGAUGCUGGACUCACUGGGUUAUAUAAUAUGGGCAACACAUGCUUCCUAAAUACAGCAAUUCAAUGUCUGAGUGCAGUACAGCCUUUAACAGAUUUUUUUAUUGGAGAUUUGUACAAGUAACUACUAAAUCAAACAAAUCCGAUGGGAACAGGUGGAGAAGUAACAUUGAAGUAUGGAAAUCUUAUAAAAGAUAUAUGGUCAGGAAAGGAAGACAAAAUCUAUCCUGCCUAGAUAAUAAAGGCGCUGGGUAAUCACGCUCCACAUUUGGUUUGUGGAAUGCAACAAGAUGCUUAAGAAUUCCUAGCUUAUAUCUUAGACUCAAUGCAUGAAGAUCUUAAUCGAGCAGAUAAAUUACAAAUUCUAAAAGAGUAAAAAGAAAAGCAACUGAAUAAACUUCUUUAGCAAAAACAAGAAUCUGAGGAAGAUCUUUUGAACACAGAACCUAGUGAAGAGUAAUAAGAAUAUUUAGCAUGUGAAGCUUGGAAGGACCAUUUGUUUAAUAAUAGGUCGAUAAUAGUAGAUUUAUUUCAAGGCUAAUUAAAGUCUACUUUAAAAUGUCUAGGAUGCCAACAUAUGUCCAUCAAAUUUGAUAGUUUUAUGUUUCUCUCAGUUCCGAUCCCCAAAACUUAAAUUUAAGAUCCUAAGUUGGAGGAAUGUGUGGAAGAGUUUACUAAAGAGGAAAUUCUUGAUGGACAAAACAAGUGGAAAUGCCCUAAAUGCAAUAAAUUUUAAAGGGCGACAAAGAAAAUAGACAUAUGGAAGCUUCCUUCAAUAUUGAUAAUCCAUUUAAAAAGGUUUGAGUUCACUGAGAAAAAGAAAGCGAAAAUCAAUGACUUCGUAGAAUUUCCAUUGAUAAAUUUGGACCUCACCCCUUAUGUUUCAAAACUUUAGAGAGAAAAACCUAUUUAUGAUUUAUUUGGAGUAGCAAAUCACGAAGGAUAUCUUAGUGGGGGUCAUUAUUUUUCAUAUACUAAGCAUAGAAAUAACCAGAUGUGGUAUUACUUUGAUGAUGAGUUGGUAAAAAAGAUAAAGGAUGAUGAAUAAGUGGUUACAAAGGAGGCCUAUAUUCUUUUUUAUUCUAAAAUGACAGUUGAUGAAUUUUUCAGAUAAACACUAAGUGAACCUGGAUUAUGGCCACAUAUAUUAGAUUAAAUGUCUGAAAAAUCGCCCAAAAAACGGUUAUAAAAUAUGAAAAAAAGUCAAACUCUUACGAUUUAAGAGAUUGAGGAUGAGAUUAAUAAUAAAUUAAAACCAUAGUAUAUAGAUAUUAAUGCACUUAGUAAUUAGAUGACAAGAAUUUAGUCUAAUAUGGUAAGCUCACAUCAGCUAAAGCUGUUAGAAGAUGAGCCUAUAAUAGAUUAGCCUGUUUUUGUAGAGCCUGAGAAUAGUAAUAAUGAUCAUUCAAAGAAUUUGAAAUUGGAUUAACCUUUCAAGAGAGAAGGUUCAAAUGCAUCUUCAUAGACUCCUUUUAAUUAAUAGAAAAAGUAUGCUUGGUAAAAAAGUGAUAGUAUCACAUCAUUAAAAACUAGUAAUUAAAAAAUCGGUGCUAUGAUUAUGUCCUCCUCAACUCAAUAAUUAAAGAAAAAUCCUUAGUACGUAAUUAAUCACACUAAUAACGUUGUAAUAAAUCUUUUCAUGAAAGAUGCCAAAUACUGA